AUGAACAGGCCGCAAGGGCGGAAACAUUCGCACUUAGACUACUGGCCCAGCUGUCGAGCUAGCACCGGCGAUGUGGACGUAGGCACCGACGAUGGUAAGGUAGGCGAGUUUGUUGAAGGCGCACCAGUGGCUGGGGGCGGUUUGUGGGCAGACACGGGAAACGGCGCGGGGGAGAAAGAAGCUGGUUGUAGCAAGGUGUUGCCGAUCGAGGCAUUUGCAGACCAAGACGAGGGGUGUCCACCCAUGACAAUAACGGAGAAAAGGCGCUUGUGGCUGAAACGGAGGAGAUCGGGCGAGUUCUACUUCCGAUCCGAGUUCAAGGGCCUCGUGCAUGCGGUAAUGGAAUCGAGAGGAUGGAAGCCGUCCUGCCCGCCCCGUGUGCCCGACGACUGCCUCACGGUCCCGUAUGUGGACAGCUGGGAAGAACUAGCCGAUGGGUUCGACCCCUCGCGACCAGACUGCGGUCAACCCGACGAACGCGAUCGGCUUGCCCUACCCGCCGUUGUCGCUGCUCAAACUGAGAACGGUGUAACAGGCUGCGAAGAUGAUCCUUGUAGCGAUAACAUGCGCACCGCUGAUUCACCGCCACCGCAGCAAGAGCACGAUGACGUCAUUGUGUCGUCGACGAGGGCGUGCAAGCCGUGGGACUUGCAUUGGAGCUACACGAAGUGGGCAGUGGAGACGAUGCGAUUCGCAAGGAAGCUCGCACCGUGGCAGAAGGUCAACCACUUCCGCAACAGCAAUGAGCUCUGUCGAAAGGACCUAAUGCUGAAGAACCUCAAGAAGCGUAAGGCGCAGCUGUAUGCUCGGGGCGAGCUCGCGGAAGCCCAGGCGUACAACUUCUUCCCUGUCAGUUUCGAGAUGCCUAAGGACUACGCGUUGUUUGUGGAGGAGUUCAAGGAGAGCGGCGGUAUCUGGGUCAUGAAACCGUCGGGAGCGGCGGAGGGGAAAGGGAUAUUCCUCUUUACCAAGCUGUCGGACGUCAAGGCUUGGGCCAAGCCGCAUCUCAUUCGUAGGAUGAAGAGGCACGACCCCGCGAACCCCGGAUCGUUCGUGGUCCAGCGGUACAUCUCCAACCCCUACGUCAUCGGCGGCAAGAAGUUCGACCUCCGCCUUUACGUGCUGGUCACCAGCUUCCGCCCUCUGACGGUCUACAUCUACCGCGACGGGUCCAGCAAAGAGCCCAAUGACCACUGCGGCUAUGAACGAGUGCCGCCGCCCCGCGACGAAACGAAGUCCCUUCAAAUAUCAAGCCCCAAUGCACAUUCACGAAAUAGGAGAUUUGUUGGGGAGCCCAUCACCUGCCGCCGACGACUUGUCGCCCUGUUUGUGCCCGCCGACUUGUCUUGUCACUCCAGUGCCGACCCGGCACACUUCGCGAACGAACUGAUGCACCUGACGAACCACGCCGUGCAGCGACGAGGUGCGGCCGCCGGCAAGAAAUGGGUCCCCGCUGGUUCCCCCGUGCGCGAGCACGUCGGGGGAUUUGACCUCGCUUUCCACAAGGGCUACGUCGAGGUCCAGCCGCAGGCCUGCGGGUAUUCCAGCUUGUUCGGGGCAGUCGUGAGAAAUCGGGUGAAACCGGCCCGGCGAGCUAAAGCAGACAAGGCAAGAAGACUGCAUUGUCCUUUGCUUGGUCGGGCAUGGUGUGGAUGGGAUCCCGGAUCGCUUAGUUUAGACAUCGCGAAUCGACCGUUUGACAUUGUUGUGUGCAUUCUGAGCGAAAGCACGAAAAUCUUGUGGGCCAGUUGUUCGCAGGCGCCCCUGUGUUGUGAUCUGACCAAUUUCACGUUGCUGAGCGCCUCCCCCCUGCCACAACAGGGGAAAUUUUCUUGUUUCCCGUCGCCCCGAGCGUCUAGGCCACAUCCUGGUGUUACCGAAAAAAGGGGCGUCUCCACUGAUGCACCGCCGACCGUCACGUACAAGACGUCGAACGAAACCAUGGGGUUGGAAACGUGGAGGCCAAACAUCUACAUCUUCCGCCCUCAAGACUAUUGGAAAGGCUCGGUGGAUUACCCGCCUUGGAAAAUAGGUGAUGAUGUCUGUGCUAGCGAUGGCGACGAGUGUCGAGCGCCCUCGAGGGGGGAGGGUCGUACCACUUCCCGGAAAGACGGAGAGUGUUCCGGUAAACAGUUUGGACUACGGUCUAACGAUGCUGAUCCGAGCCCCCCGCUGUCAAGGUCUGCAAUGGUAGAUCGAUGUCAAAAUGUCAAGGGUGCGAGUGAAUCUGGGGUACACAUCACUCAAUCGUGUGUGGAUGAACCGGGAGGAUAUGCCGUGGGGUCCUCUGGUGGAGGUGAAAUAGAGGUUGAACGAUGCGCUUCUGGCAGCGAUGCCUUUCGGAAGGAUGCUGAGAUUGAGAUGGCGCUCUGCGGCGUGUUGGACGCCCUACGAAGAGUCAGAGAGGAAAGGUUGAGGUAAAGAAAUUAUUGGCGAUUGAGGAAACGAAAUGAGUUGCGAAGAGUGUUGCCGGUGAGCCUGAAGCGAGCUGCCAACACGGUGUCCCCCUUUAGGGUAAGGGCUGUGCAGAGAUGCAUGUGGAUUGCCGGCAUUCUACAGCAGUACUUCAGUAUUGAAGGGUGUUGAUGUGCUCGGAAACUGAGCUGGGGGACAUAUUGCUGGCGUUUGGCACGGCGGAGCCUGACAAGUGGCGAGCGAAACCGCGAUGUUGUCAAAUUCUGUGUACCCGGUAGCGUCUUAUAGUGGAGAGUUGACUAUUCGGAAGAGCCGAUUUGGAUUGUUCAAAGGUUGUGGAAAAUACGCCAUAGUUGUUGUCAAAUAUGAGAGGCAUUUUUUUAGUAUGAGAGAUAUGGCUGGCGUUCGAAACGGCGGGGCGUAAGGAGUGGCGAGCGAAACCGCGAUGUUGUCAAAUUCUGUGUACCAAGUUGCGUCUUUUUGUCGAGAGUUGACUAUUGAGAAAGAACCGAUUUGGAUUGUUGAAGAUUUAUAUGAGAGAUACUGUAUAGUAUGAGAGAUAUUGCUGGCAUUUGGCACGGCGGGAUCUGAGGAGUCGCGAGCGAAACCACUAUGUUGCCAAAUUCUGUAGCGUAUUUUUAGUUGCGGGUUGCCUACUCAGAAACAGCCGAUUUGGAUUUUCAAAGGUUGUGGCGGGCAUUUCACCUAAAAUACACGGGGACAACGCAACAUGCCUUGGUCUCCCGUUGGGGUCGCACGCCUGUGGUGGAUCAAUCAACUCCUCCGCACUGCGGAGCCCCCAAUGAUUACCCAAUGAUUUUACGGCCACCCCACCCUAUCUGAUCGAGCUGACCUGUGACUUACUGAUCAUUACGCUGCUUGGCACGAGCGAUGAUCCAUUACGCUGCGAGAAGAGCGUAUGCCACGAGCUUGAGGCAAGGAGGAGGAGGCCUGAGCCGAUGGAGGGCCCGAGGCCGAUCACGCUCUACAGGGACAUUCGCUGUCUACGAUACCGAUACCGCAGACCCCGGUAACACCGUGUCCGCACAGCAGCAGCAGC